GCAGAUAGGCAGCCGGAUGAAAGAAGCAACCGUCGGUUGAUUGUUGAGUGGUUUAAUGUGUCAUAAGAAAAGCAAUUUUAUCCUUUGUAGGGAGGAUUUUAAGGAGGUAUGCUCAUUUGUGAGAGUGGAUAAUGCUUAAAUGUAUUUAAAGUCUCACUUAAUUUACGUAUGGAAUUGUCUAAUGUUUUUCUGCUUUGUAUGUGCUGUUAUCCUGUUGCCUCAGCCGUUACUCUAGAAAAAUCAAAAUAUGUUUUUUACCAUAGAAAAGAGCAAAUACUGAAGUGAGAAGCUGCUCAUUUAAAGCGACCAGACUCUUGCAAACCUGUAUCUAAAGCUACUCAAUAUUCCACACAAUACAGAUAAACAUUUUUUUACAUUAUCUUUGAAAAACAAGCAUAUAAACAUAGCUUUGUUCCCAUUUGACUCCCAAGUUAUAUAUAAAUAGCCCAACACAAAACGAAAUGGGCUAAAUUAGUCUACCCGUUUUGUUUUGAAGGCGAGGAGCGAAGUCCGGACAGCCGUCCCGCCCCUUCAGUGUAAAAGCCUUGCACCGCCUCUUUUAAACUGAAACUUUUCAUCAAUGAUUCACUUUCUUUGACGGCCUCCCUGCGUGAGCGUGAACGAUAAGAAAAGAAGUGACCUCGAAUCAGCUGCCACUGCCUGAGGCUCCUGCGGCUCCUCAGCUGGUGGCUCUCGUGAGCAGAGCACAGUGACCUCCUCAUCCUCUGCACGAAGCAAAUGGUUUCUUACAAACCAGAACUACCGGCUCAUCUGGAUCCUCGGGUUGUUAUACUAAGGUCUGUUAACCGCUGAUGCUGGACCAGUGGGAGGGAAAUAGAUAAUGGCCACUGCACACUGCAAUUUGCGGUCACCAUCCUCCUCUCCUCACGCUGAUGUCAACCUGGGACCUUCAGCCAACCCUCAUGCCAGACCCACUGACUUUGACUUCUUGGCCGUCAUUGGCAAAGGGACCUUUGGAAAGGUGCUGCUCGCCAAGCUCAAAGCGGACAGCAAAUUCUACGCCGUCAAAGUGCUGCAGAAGAAAGUCAUCCUCAAGAAAAAAGAGCAAAAGAACAUUAUGGCCGAGAGAAACGUGCUGCUGAAGAGUCUGAAACAUCCCUUUCUGGUUCGCCUCCACUACUCCUUCCAGACUCCAGAGAAGCUCUACUUCGUCCUUGACUAUGUGAAUGGGGGAGAACUGUUCUUCCACCUGCAAAGAGAGAGGUGUUUUUCUGAGCCGAGAGCAAGGUUCUACGCAGCCGAGGUAGCGAGCGCCAUCGGCUAUCUCCACUCUCUCAACAUCGUUUACAGAGAUCUGAAGCCAGAAAAUAUUCUCUUAGACUCUCAGGGCCACGUGGUGUUGACUGAUUUUGGGCUGUGCAAAGAAGGUAUAGAGCCAGAGGGCACCACCUCCACUUUCUGUGGGACCCCAGAAUAUUUGGCUCCAGAGGUUCUUCGUAAGGAGGCAUAUGACAGGACAGUGGACUGGUGGUGUCUGGGAGCAGUGACAUAUGAGAUGAUCCACAGCCUGCCUCCUUUCUACAGCCGUGACGUAGAUGAAAUGUAUGAUGGGAUCCUCCACAAGCCGCUGCCUCUUCCUCCGGGGAAGUCCGCCGCCGUCUGCUCUCUGCUGGUGGGUCUUCUGCAGAAAGACCAGCACAGACGCCUCGGGGCCAUCGCCGACUUUUUGGAAAUAAAGAACCACGCCUUCUUCUCUUCAAUCAACUGGGACGACCUUGACCACAAGAGAAUUACUCCCCCCUACAACCCCAAUGUGAGAGGCCCGGCUGACACGCAACACAUUGACCCAGAGUUCACCAGAGAAAUGGUUCCUAACUCGGUGAGUCGGAGCCCGGAGCUCAACGGCAGCAGCAGCUCAAACAACGCCUUCAAUGGGUUCUCCUUCGUCGGCACCGAGGACGGCUUUCUGUGAGGCGGGAGCUCGCCGCUCAAUUCUUUGGACACUUUAGUUGAUUCAGUGGAGCGAGUGCAACUCUUUUGAGUCCCAUGAAUAUAAGAGCACUCGGGGGAAAUCCCAGGAGGCAUCUGCUAUGUUCGACCACUGCAUGGAUCUCGAGGGUAAGCAGCGAGCGACCAAGCCUGCAGUGGAGACAUUGAAAGUUGAAAUAUGUGGAACUUUUUUGGGGCCUGGAAGUCCCUGGUCUGUUCUUAGAUAGCGAUGGUGGUCAUGAAUUUGUUACCAAAUACGCAACUCUGGUGAGGAGCACCUUUAAGAUGGAACGCGAGAUAUCUGUACUCCAUUCACUUACAAUGGAAUUAGGAACGUGUUUUAUUGGUGUUUCACAAUAGUUAUUGUCAUGUUGUAUUGAAAGAAUGUGCACAUUUUCCCCCAAAAAGAAAGCAAACGCAAGCAAAAUCUCCAGACCAAGCACCAUGACAGUGAGUGCACAAUGAGGCUCCAUCGCUGCUCAUUUCUCAAGAGAUCUGCAGUGUGAUUGAGUGUUGUUCUUUAAACUAUACCAGAAAGAGACGAUUGUUUAUCAAACCAAACAGUAGUAGCAUGUUUCUGACAAUAUUAUAUUAUUGGAAAGAAUGGUGUUUAGAAAAACAUAACAAUCUGCAGUUAGUCCAGGUGAUAAACAAAAGUGUAGAAAGAGGAAGAGCUUGAGAGCAUACCUGAGAGGUGCUUCGUCAUUUGGAGGGUCUCUGAUAUUUUAUUGUUGUCUGUCUCACCAUUUUUAUAGAAAACAGAUUUGAGUGAAAAUAUUUUAUAUCAGUAUGAAGUACGUAACGUUCACCUUUCUCUCUACUUUCUGGAGAUGUUUGGGAUGCUUUUGUGCAGAGAGCUGAAGCCGUGACAGACUGAUGAUUAAAUGACGUCCCACAUGUUUUAUUCUUUGUCAAAGACCAAAAAAAAGUCCUCACCACGGUGGUCUUAAUUUUUCAUGGUAAUUAAGAGUAAAAAAGAGUCUGUUAGAAAAUGCUGUUUUUAGCACCUUUUUUUACAUUAAUCAACUACGUGUUUUUUCUGCGGGCCGUGGUUUUCUAUAUUAAAACUGGGAAUCGAUCUUCAGACGUUUAUACCCAUUUGUUUUGAUCCAUGAUACCUGCUAAAACAGUUAGUGAUGCAUAGAAAAAACAGUAAGGAACAUCUGUAACUGUACAGUUGCAGCUUUGCAGGGUGAGGCGCUUGCAUCUGAUAUCAUUGGAUUUUAUUUGUAUUAUGUAAUUUAUAUGAAUACUCUGGGCCUUGUUUGUACACGUAAUAUUAAAUAAUUUCUUCUCUUCCAAAUCCUGAACGUAACCUGUUCCCAAUUACCUUCUUAAAAACUUCUGUUUGUUUUGAAUUCAGAGAAUACUGUAUCAGAUUACUUUCUACAAAACUCUAUAUGCUGAGAAGGAAACACAUCUUUAAUUUGCUCUUCAAGGUUUAAAGUUCACCAUUUGUCUUCUAAAACUGCAACCCGUAUUCCCAACUGUUGAUCCAUCACUAAACCUGUAAAUAGAGAAACGGACAUUGAAGGUGCCGUGUCACUGCGCAUAUGUGUGUUUGUGUACAUUAAAAACAUGUAUGUGUUCUUUUGGAUAAGCCAUUAAACAUGUGUGCAUAACAGAAACAAUGUUCAGUGACCAGCUUGUAAAUGUUGCAUGAUAUUAAAAAUCCCCUCACUUUA